UACAUACGUGACCUAGAGACGCGUGUUCUUGGACCCUCCAACUCCCAGAUGACGAUGUCCAUACUGGAGUGUCCCGUCCCAAGACUCGGCUUUCUGCCUACCUUCCUUCUCCUUCUUUUCCUGUCCUGCCUUCCCCUGUGUUCCCAUCAGACUCCCACCGCUAACCGCACGUUGACAUUGGCCGUGGUCCUGCCUGACAGCAACCUGCGCUAUGCUUGGUCAUGGCCCCGCGUGUCCCCGGCAUUGCAUAUGGCAGUGGAACGGGCACAGAAGGAACUUCAGCUGCUCCCGGGGUACCAGAUAAAAAUAAUCUUCCUGACCUCGGAGCUGGACGGGGCCUGCUCGGAAUAUGUGGCGCCUCUCAAUGCCGUGGACUUGAAGCUCUACCACAACCCCGACGUACUUUUCGGUCCAGGAUGCGUCUACCCCACUGCCUCGGUUGCCCGCUUUGCCACCCACUGGCGCCUCCCGCUUGUCACGGCCGGAGCCCUGGCUUUCGGCUUCAAACCCGACGACGAUCAGUACAACACAACGGUGAGGACGGGCCCCACGGCAAACAAGCUCGGGGAAUUCGUGUCCCACCUCCAUGACCACUUUAACUGGACCUCUCGGGCUGCUCUGGUCUACCACGAUGUGAAGAAGGACGACCGGCCGCAUUACUUCAUCAUUGAAGGGGUUUUCCUGGCCCUCGAGGAGUUCAACAAUCUGACCGUGCGCUACCAGAUGUACCCCGAGGACGACGAUGUGGCCAGCGUCAUCCAGUUCAUCCAGAACAAUGGGCGAGUUAUCUACAUCUGUGGCCCCCUGGAGAUGCUGCAUAAGAUCAUGCUACAGGCCCACAAGGAGAAGCUGACCGGCGGCGACUACGUCUUCUUCUACGUGGACGUGUUUGGUGAAAGUCUCCGCUCGGACGGAACCCGCGAUGCUAACAAGCCAUGGCAGACCAACCAGACCCAUGAGGAGGACCUGAUGGAAGCCUUCAAGACGGUGCUGGUUAUCUCCUACCAUGAGCCACAGAAUCCCGAAUAUCGCAUCUUCCAGAAGAACCUCAUCCAGCGCAGCAAGGAGGAAUUCGGGGUGACCCUCAACUAUUCUCUGAAGAACCUGAUUGCGGGGUGCUUCUAUGACGGGGUGCUGCUGUACGCUCACGCCUUGAAUGAGACGCUGCAGGAAGGAGGAUCACAGAAAGAUGGGAUUCGGAUUGUACAGAAGAUUCAGGAUCGCACCAUGCAGGGUGUCACUGGCACAGUCAGCAUGGACAAGACCAACGACCGCAACAUCGACUUCAAUCUCUGGGCGAUGGCUGACCACUCCAGCAGCCAUUUCCAG